CGAGGUCGGCGCAGGCGCAGGGGCGCGAGUUUGGGAGUGAGGGAAUAUGGCGGCGCCAACGAUCACUGCGCGUCUCUACUCUCUGCUGUUCCGCAGGACUUCCACCUUCUCCCUCACCAUCGUGGUGGGCGCUCUUUUCUUCGAGCGUGCCUUCGAUCAAGGCGCAGACGCGAUCUACGAGCACAUCAACGAGGGGAGACGAAAGCUAAAACCUGAGACUGCAAAAGACCAACUGCGUCCGAACCACCCGAAGCUGUGGAAACAUAUAAAGCACAAGUAUGAGAACAAGGAGUAGAUCCUCCCCCUGAGGGCCCGAGGGAGCAGAUCCACCUGCCAAGUGUCGCCUGGAGCUGGGGCCUCAACCUGAAGAGAAGUCUGAAGUUACUCUUCACGAACCACCUGUAACUAUUAGCAAGAAAUGGCUCCGCCUGAAACACUCUAACUGCGUUUGACUAAAGUGAUCAGUAAAUAAAUGUAAAUUAUUCCUGAGA